UUCGUCACAUCCGGUGAUGUUACGCUCAUCCGCUUCCUAUACCUCGUUACACCUCAAGAACGCAAUACAUGAAACUCUCAGCAUAUAGAGUUCUGUCAACAGGUGUACUAAAAGAGGUACGAUUAUUUGUUGUGAUCAGUAUAUCCCAUCCAGAUUUGUACGUGUUACAGCUUUGGAGUGAUUGAUAAAAUCUUUCGUCGUCAUGGCACAGGAUAAUCCAGCUUUCGAACUUAAGAACGAAACAAACGCCGCAGGAAAAGAAAGCCAGACAAAAGUUGAUGAAACACAGGCGUCUAUUGUGGAAGUCACAAACGAAGGCAGAGUUAGGGGUGACAUCUUAUACACAGUGGAUGAAGCUCCUCGUUGGUACCUCUGUAUCCUACUUGGGAUUCAGCAAUAUCUGACGAUGUUCGGGUCGACUGUGGCAUAUCCUUAUUUGGUCACACCAAAGCUCUGCAUCCAAGACUCCGACCCAGCUCGAGGGUACAUAACAUCAACAAUAUUUUUUGUGUCAGGCUUAGGGACCCUAAUCCAGUCAACAUUCGGUACAAGGCUCCCGAUAAUUCAAGGCUCGUCUUCUGCCUUUCUGGCUUCGAUAUUUGCUAUUUUGAACUUACCUCAGUGGAAGUGUCCUAGUGAGGAAGAAAUGCUGUCGGCAACAGAAGACGAGCUACAAGAAAUCUGGCAACUCCGAAUGAGAGAGAUCCAAGGUGCUAUCAUUGUGGCGUCCAUCUUUGAAACGGUUAUUGGACUCACAGGUGUUAUUGGAAUAAUACUUCAGUGGUUAACUCCUUUAGUUAUUGUCCCAACCAUAGCGUUGAUAGGACUUUCUCUAUUCGAAGAAGCAGCUUCUGAAGCUAGUAAAAACUGGGGAAUAGCGAUUUUAACAAUUUUCCUUCUUGUGCUCUUCUCACAGUACCUCCGAAAUGUUAAUAUUCCUGGUUGUAGCUACAGUAAAGAAACAGGAUGGAAGCUCAAACGAUUCCCCCUUUUCAAGCUUUUUCCAGUGUUACUUACCAUAAUUACUGCGUGGGUUCUUUGUACCAUACUAACUGCUGCAGGUGCCCUAGGACCAACCAACAAAGCCAGAACUGAUCUUCAUGUACAGACGAUGUACUCCAGCCUCUGGUUUAGGUUUCCUUAUCCAGGACAAUGGGGUUUACCAACAGUCAGUAUUGGUGCAGUUUUUGGAAUAUUUGCAGCAGUAUUAGCGUCGAUAGUGGAAUCGGUAGGAGAUUACUACGCAUGCGCGCGACUAUCUUGUGCACCUCAUCCUCCAACAAGCGCCAUAAAUCGUGGAAUUUUUGCGGAAGGUAUUUCCUGUAUCCUCUCUGGAAUCUGGGGAUCUGGAGGCGGGCUAACUUCCUAUAGUGAAAAUAUUGGAGCAAUUGGAGUAACAAAAGUAGCUAGUCGACGGGUUGUUCAGUGUGGUGCUGUUACCAUGAUGAUUCUUGCAGUUCUGGGAAAGUUUGGAGCCUUCUUCAACACUAUUCCUGAGCCCAUUAUUGGAGGAAUCUUCUGUGUCAUGUUUGCAAUUGUAACGGGAGUUGGACUGUCCAAUGUCCAAUUCAUCGACCUCCACUCAUCCAGAAAUAUUCUUAUCCUUGGAUUAUCUUUAUUUAUGGGGAUUACCAUUCCAAAGUGGUUUAAGGGCCACCCAGGUACUAUUGAUGUAGGGAAUGACGCAGCAAACCAACUCAUUACAGUUCUUUUGAACACCAGUAUGUUUAUUGGUGGACUCAUUGCGUUUGUAUUAGACAAUUCCAUACCAGGGACAGAUGAAGAAAGAGGACUCAUCAAAUGGAGAGAACAAGGUCUAGAACAUAAUAUAUCUGAAGCUGAUGAGUCGACACUUUCGUCACCUUCAACCUAUGACCUCCCGUUCAGCAUGGACGUAAUUAAAAGACAUAAGAUUUUCAAGUACAUUCCUAUCAGUCCAACAUACGACCAGAAUAUAUUUCUUGGUAAAUUAAGAGCAUUAUUUAACAAACUUAAACCUCAAAAGAAUAAUAAUCAUAACAUCGACUCUCAAAAUUAAGAUCGUCUUUUGUUUAUUUACAACGAUUAACAAAAAAAGUCAAUAUAAAUGUAUGGUUGGUUUGAUAUAAUAAGACCAGGUUAUUUUAAUACCUUUUUUUUAUUAGAAUCUUCAUAAUUUGCAAAUAUCUCUUCCCAUAUCUUAACUAAUGCUACUGGAAAAAUGUGCGUAAACGGAAGUAUUAGAAUCGUGUUUCUACAGAAAUAGAUCUAAAUCAAGUCAUUGUACAACCUGCAGCGUGGUAGUUUCCGUUAAGUUCAUGUAUAAUUGAAACAAAAUAUAUAAAAUAAGAAUUUGUAAUUUUCGUCACCUUUUGUCCAGUUUAGGUGCACAAGUACUUUAGACAAACAAUACUCGACAAAAUGUGUUGAAACCUUCAGUUGUUAUAAUUUGUAUGAAAUACCAGCAGAUAUGACUCAAUUUACAAUCGCUGUAGAGAGAGUUGUCAUGUUCUUGAGUUGAAUAAAUUACCAGAUUUGGCUUCUUAAAGGCAACGUUCCAUCUUACGAAAUACCAGCAGAUCUGACUCUAUUCAGAACUACCAUUAAAUGUCCUUGAGACUAAAUUACUAGCUCUAGUCACUUAAAAAACUAACUUACCUUAUGAAUAAAAGCAGAUUUUCCUCGUAUUCCUACUUGUUUGACUUGUCGCUUUCUUUGAAUAGGUUUUCCUUAUUUGUACCUGUCGUUCAUAUGCCAACACGUUUGUUUUUAUAUUGUAAAGGUAAAGGAAAAUGCUGCUUAAAUAAAAUUUUCCUUCAAAGACUUAUAUGAGCAACCCUCCAUUACGAAUCCGCUGUUUUCUUGGAAAAUGUACACGUUACGUAGAAUAAAAACCGAAAACUACUUGUGUCGAUAAACAGAGAAUCAGAGUUUGUUGAUAAAAAAAAUUCAGUUGAUAUGAAAGCCUACUCACGUGGGUUCUUAACAGUACAAGAUGUAUAUUUCUUUGUUUCUUUUAACACCAAACUUUUAUUUAUUAAAAUGACGUGAAUUUCGUAUAAUGGGUAAAUAAUUGGAGUCGGAAUACAAGCAUAUAAUACAUAUUUCUCAAACUUCGUUGACCUCAGUUUUAAGAUUAUGCUUCUUUUCAGAGUACAUACGAUGACUUUAAAUUGGAUGACGAGGAACCCACUUUUUUUAGAUAUAAUUUUAUCGAAACGUUGUACAUUUAUAAUAAAGUUUUCUUCAUUAUCCAUU